AUGCAGGUCGUUCCCGUCUUUGCACAAUGUAUAAAUUUCUUUAGUUUUAUUAUUCCCUUCUUUCAAUCGUUUUCAGAAGCUCGAGGUGCAGCAGCAUCAGUGUUUCGACUUAUUGACGAAGGAAAUGACGCAAAUAUCAAUGAAAUAGAUGUAUGGAAAGACAAUACAGAAUCGAUAUAUUCUAUCAAUGGUGACAUUAAAUUUAACAAUGUUAACUUCAUUUAUCCAUCUAGAAAAGAUGCACCAGUUCUGCGUAAUCUUUCGUUUAUUGCUCGUGCUGGUCAGACAACAGCUCUUGUAGGUUCAAAUGGCUGUGGAAAAAGUACAUGUUUAUCACUUUGUCUUCGUUAUUAUGAACCUUCAUCAGGUCAAAUAAAGAUCAAUGGUCGACCAAUAACAGAUUACAAUGUCCAACAACUUCGACAAAACAUGGGAGUUGUUAGUCAAGAACCUAUCCUAUUUGGUAUGAGUAUUUAUGAAAAUAUUCGACUCGGUAAAGUGAAUGCAACGCGAGCAGAAAUUGAACAAGCAACACGAGAAGCAAAUGCACAUAAUUUCAUCAUACAAUUACCAAAUAAAUAUGAAACACUUGUUGGUGAAUGUGGCGUACAAUUAAGUGGUGGUGAAAAACAACGUAUUGCAUUAGCUCGUGCUCUUGUGAAACAGCCUACAUUUCUUUUACUGGAUGAAGCAACAAGCGCACUUGAUAAUAUUAGCGAAAAAAUUGUUCAGGAAGCUCUUGAUCGAGCAUGCAAAGAUCGUACAACUAUCGUUAUUGCUCACCGUUUGUCUACAAUUCAAAAUGCUAAUCAAAUAUAUGUAUUAGACAAUGGAAGUGUGAUUGAACAAGGUACACAUGAAACAUUGAUGGCAAAAGGAGGCAAAUAUCAGGCAAUGGUCAAACGUCAAGAAAUGGAAAGAAUUUAUGUUGAUACAGAUGACAGAAUGAGCAUACAAAAAGCAACAGAAGAAGAUGAAAAAAUGAUAACUCAACGCACUCAUUUACUUAUUGAUAGUCAAGAUGUUGAUGUGAACAAACAAAGUUCAAAGCAGUUCAAACAAAGAUUCGUCUUUUUAAGACUCUUAUCAAUGAAUAGUCCUGAAUGGAUCACCAUCUUAAUUGGAUGUAUGACUUGUAUACUUAAUGGGGCAGGUCAGCCGUUGGUAUUUGCUUUUACUGUUUUUUCGAUUGAAGUAAUAAGAAUCAUCGGGCUGAUAUCUAACCGUAUCGCUUCAUCAGUAUCGGCUGCUGACACGUUUUUUGAUUUAUUCGAUCGAAAACCAGCUAUUGACAAUAUAUCUACUGAAGGACAAAAGUUGGUCGACUUUCGUGGAGAGAUAAAAUUUGAUCAAAUCAGAUUUAUCUAUCCAACUCGACCAACAUCUAUUAUUCUUGAUAAGUUUCAAUUGAAUAUCAAGCCAGGUCAACGUGUGGCUCUGGUUGGUACAUCCGGAUCGGGUAAGUCAACAAUUAUGCAACUAUUGGAACGAUUCUACGAUGUUACAAGUGGUCAGCUAUUUCUUGAUAGUAUUGAUAUUCGACAACUUAACCUACCAUCGGUUCGUUCUCAUUUUGGUCUUGUUAGUCAAGAACCAAUCCUAUUCGAUUUGACAAUCGCUGAAAAUAUAGCAUAUGGCUUAGAAAAUGUUUCAAUGGAAGAUAUUAUCAAUGCUGCAAAGAAAGCUAAUAUUCAUCAAUUCAUUGACCAUUUACCUCAGGGCUAUGAAACAAAAGUAGGGUCGAAAGGUAGUUUUCUGUCGGGUGGUGAGAAGCAACGUAUUGCAAUUGCUCGAGUUCUUAUCCGCCGUCCUAAAGUAUUACUCUUAGAUGAAGCUACAAGUGCCCUGGAUUCAUAUAAUGAACAACUUGUACAAGAAGCUCUUGAGCAAGCUCAAACUGAAGACUCUAGUCGAACGACAUUGAUUAUUGCUCAUCGUCUUUCAACUAUUCGUUCCUGUGAUUUGAUUUGUGUACUUCAUCGAGGACGUAUUGUAGAAAGUGGUCGACAUACAGAAUUGAUGCAACAACGCGGAGCUUAUUAUAAAAUACUUGCUCAAAACAACUUAUAA